UAGACAAAUGUAUGCACAGGUCAUAAAAUUCAAUCCGUAGUGUGCACUGUAGAUGCAUAAACAUUAGUAUAAACUGUUACUGCAGGAUCACAGGACAACGUUUUUCAUGAGCGUGAUGUCAGACCAUGUCUUGGAAUGUGUAUUUCUGUGUAAAAUAGAAAUUAUUGGCAUCCUCGCCAUAAAAAGUUAAGUUGCUCCAUUAUUUAAUGGGGUAAAAUAUAAAAGCACACAUGCUCUAAUUAAUGUGUGUCGUGAAAGUGGGUUUAGAGGACAGACAGUACUGUGUUGUCACUGCUCUUGUUAAUUACUCCCCCAUUGAAGAAAUCUCAGCAGUGAUGCAUUGCUGCACUUUAGGGGUGCUGCGGUUAUCUGCUAAAAUCAUUGGGUAUCAGUUCUGCAUUAUUAGGCAGGCGUCACCACAGCUACUCUGUCUUUCCCCAUCUAUAACCUCUCCAAGACUGUGCAAGGUUCAAGGUUAAUGAAUAUUGGAGCUGUAAUAUAUUAAUGAGUAACUGUCCGGUGUGCCCUUAUGCUCAGUGGUGCGUUGAAAAGGCCCAGACACAUAAUAAAUGAAAGCUCUGAAGUCCACAAUUCACAGUGGCACACUUUAACAAAAUGGAGACAGCAAGGGAAAUUUUUACUCUGUUAAUCUGUGUAAGUUAAUGAUUAUAGGUCAGGAGAUGUAGAUCAAAUGAGAAGCUUGCAUACAGUACGUGUGGGUGUGUGUGGGUGAAGGAUGGGGAAAGAAAGGGUGUGGGAGAGAGGAUCAAUAUUGCCAUUAGCCUCUUAAAGUUCUCGGUGAAGAUCAAGGCAAUCAUUUUGCUCUUAAGUCCGUGGUAGGGAACCCAAUGAGGCAAUUUGUCAGUAUGUAUAGAGUUGCUGAGCGUUUCAGCUGCAUCUCAUCUAAAGUGAAUAAGCCGAUUUAAACAAGCCUAUGCAAGUGACUACCCUAAUUAAAAUGGAGCGACUAUUGAAACUAAAUCCACACAAAUCUUCUUUCUUGCAAACAAUAGUUUUCAGAUGCAAGAUCUGAUGGUAAAUAUGUUUAUUGUCUUCACAUAAAAACAAGAUGUGCCCGGUUGUUGUAUUUAAAACAGCAGACAUAGGUGGAUCACCAGCUGGUGCCUGCUGUUAUCACCAGCCUAACUGUUUGUAUUAUGUCCCUCUAGUUUUGUCGACUGAACACACACACACACACAGACGAGACAUCAUGUCUUCUGCAGGUGCAAACGUUGACCUCGAUGCAGACUUUGUAUAUGACUACCAUACACUACGUGUUGGAGGUCUGGUCUUUGCCGGGGUCAUUGUAUUUCUUUCCAUCAUUCUGUUGGCAGGCAACAAGCUCGCCAACUGUGGAAAAACCCCAAAGCCAAGAGCAGCUGAAGAGGACUAAACCAGCAGAACCAGCCAGGAACCUGAAGGGGGGCCAGAAUGUCCUAUGAUGCUGUCAACUGUUUUGUGUAUAAGAAUUUAAGGCUUUUGUAUUAUUAAAGUGUGCGUAACCUUA